AAUGUGGCUGGCAGAGAUGGAGAUGCAGGAACAGGGAGCCAGCAGCUCCGGGUCCUGGGAAGGGACGGGAGGAGAGGCAGAGGAGGGGGGGUCUGCCCACGUGCUGAGGGGGGAGAGGGAAACAAUGAGGCCUUUGGUGAUUGUGCAGGAUCCACCCCCAGCUUCCCAGCGUGUCCCCUCUGCGGGCUGGAUCCGGGUGGCUGCUUGGGGGCGGGGCGAGGGACCCUGAAUAGGCUGCUUGUCUUGGGGCUGGGUGUAGGCCAGGCUCCCUGGGCACAUGGUGCCCUCGCCAGGAUUGGCUGGCCCCCGUGGCUUCCACCCUCAGCUGGCUGAGGACAGGCCCUGUGGGUGAGCAGGCCCCUCCCCGGAGGGCCUUGGCUCUAGUCCCAGGACCUCCCUGCUCUCCCCUUUGCCUAGGUGGCAGUAGAGGCAGGUGGGGAGAAGGACCCCAUCUAGUGGGGAAGAGGAGGAAAGCAGCAGCUCUGCCUUAGAAGGACCCUGGGAAUGUGCAGAAGGGACCCAUACUGGAGGGAACUGGGACAAAGCUGAACCCCUGGAGACGGACCUGUCCUAUAGCUCCCUAGAUUUAUGACCUGGAACAGGUUUUUUUGUUUUUCCAAAUCUCAGAUUAUCAGUAAAAUGACACUGACGGUGAUACCUCCCCUGAAAGGCUGUUGUGAGGAUUACACGACAUAAAAAAACCCAAACCAAACCUGUUGCUGUCUAGUCGAUUCUGAUUCAUAGUGACCCUAUAGGACAGAGUAGAACUGCCCCAUAGAGUUUCCAAGGAGAGCCUUGUGGAUUCGAACUGUCAACCUUUUGGUUAGCAGCCGUAGCUCUUAACCACUACGCCACCAGGGUUUCCAUUUACAUGACAUAAUAUGUGGAAAAUGCUUAGCACAUAACACUCGGUAAUGUUAGUUUCUCUUCUGUGAAUAUGGGGAAAGAAGAGUGAAAGGGCGUAAGGGAUUGGCUUCCUAGGUCUUGAAAGGUCCUCGGGGGUUGGGGUCGAGGCCAAGCAGGCUCUCACAAUGGUCUAGAACUCUUCUUCACUCUAGGUUCUCAUCCACUUUUGACUCCUCUCCCUGUCCCAGGGAGGGGAGGAAAGGCCUAGAAUGAAUCAUUGGAGGAAGAUCUCCCCCAGAUUCCCUAUUUCUUUCUUCACUGCUGUGCUUGAAGCUCCUCAGUUCCUACAAGACCACUUGGGUGGUGGCCACUGACCUGAAGCCUGUGCCCCGCCUGUACCAACUGUUGGCUCUGCCCCCUAUUUCGGGGUCAUCAUAUCAGGAGAGAUGGCUGUGGUCGUAAAGUUCUUCCGAUGGGUUUGGCGAAAGAUUUCUUGCUGGAUUUUGUCUUGGAGAAAGAAAGCUAAGUUGUCCGUCCUCGAACACGCUGACUCCACGAAAAAUGUGUUGAAAAGAAUGGAGAAGCCCCUGAAAAUGGCUGAGCCUUCUCAGAUGGUUGAGACCCCCAAAGAAGUCAAGCCCCCCAAAGAGGCUAAGCCCCUCAAGAUGGAUGAGUUUUUCAAGAUGGAUGAAUCCCUCAAGGUGGACGAGUUCCCCAAGAAGGAUGAGUUCCCCGAGACGGAUGAAUCCCCCAAAGUGUCUGAGCCCUGUUUGUUGGCCGAGACAACAGGUGGAACGGAGCUGGGCCAUAGGGGCCGAUCCCUGCUGCGACUGCCCCAGACAGCCGCCCAGUCUGUCUCCACACUCAUGGUUUCAGCUCUGCAGACUGGCUGGCAGAUGUGCUCUUGGAAGUCAUCUGCGAGUUCUGCCUCAGUUGCCUCCCAAAUAAAGACUGGGUCCCCUUUGGAGUCACCAGAGGCUGAGAUGCUUCGAGAAGUGUACCUGGUGCUGUGGGCCAUUCGGAAACAACUGCGUCAGUUGGCCCGCAGGCAGGAGAGACGGAGACGGCGCCACAUCCGGACCCACACAGGCCACCAACCUGACCCAGUUAUGGGCCCGAAACAGGAUGCCCAAAGCCCCCUCUAGGGGUCAUCCCCAGACCCUCAGAAAGCCCCCACCUCACUGUCAGGUGAGGUUGAUGGGAGGGAUCAGGGCAGCAGGCCAAGAGAUGUGGGUCAGGAGAAAUUUUCAUGUCUCCUCUGAUCGGGAGCCCAAGGCCAGGCCUGGGGUCCCACAUACUCCCCUUCAUUUCAUUUAUUCAAUUUGUAAAAAAUUAUCAAAAAUAUUGGGAAAUAAAUAUCAGAUAUUUCUGAGUAGAUCUGGAGUGUGUUUGUGGAUGGCCAGAGGCAAUGAGGGGAGCUUGCAUGGGUCAAGGAAUGGGACAGGAAGGGGCACCUGAGGUGGGAACCCAACUCUGUGGGAGUAACCUGUGGGUCUAGGGAAGGGGCAGGAUCAACAGGUUCCAGCUCUAGGUCCCCCCACACUUCUAGGGGCUCAAUUGCCUUUGGCAACUCCGCCAGGCUAAUAGCUAUAGCAAUCAAACAAAAAAACCAAACCAGCUGCCUCUGAGUAAGUUAGGACUCAUGGUGACUCCAUGUGUGUCAGUACAGAACUGUGCUCCAUACGGUAUUCAAUGGGUGAUUUUUCAGAAAUAGAUCGACAGGCCUUUCUUCCGAAGUACCUCUGGGCCGACUCCAAGCUCCUAGUACCCACUAAAAAAACCCACUGCUGCCAGUCCAUUCCGAUUCAUAGCGACCCCGCAGGGUUUCUAAGACUGUCAGUCUUUACUGAAACGACUGCCACAUCUUUCUCCUGCGGAGCCGCUGGUGGUUUCACCUUUCUGUUAGGUUGGCAGUCGAGCGCUCUAACCACUGCACCACCAGGGCUCCAAAAGGUUAGUACCAAAAAACUAAAACAGCACCCUUUUAUUGAGGACCUGCUGUGUAUUAGGUCCCGAGCCAGCAGCUCUGCCUAACAAUCCUACAAGGAAGGUAUUUACAAUGGGUCACUUGAGACUGGGAAAAUUAUGUGACUUAUCAAAGGCUGGAAACCGCCAGCCUCCAAAAGCCAGCGCACAGCUCUGUGUCUCCCGCGCACUUGGGCUUGGUCGUCCCAAGGCUCAGUGCGACCGAAGACGCAUAUCAGGGUCACUAAGAAGUUAAGUGUUAGCGAGGAACUCAGACUCUGCCCACCCUCGCCUCUUCCGAGAGCGUUCGAAAACUACACCUCCCAGGGUUCACGACGCGGUGCGCGCACGGAGACUGCCCA